UCAACCCGCCGCUUCCGUCGCGGCACUCAUUACCUUUUCUGUGCGCCGGAAGGAAGCUCUACGAGCGCUUUUGGAAUUAUGGCGGCGGUGGAUGUUCGAGAUAACCUGCUGGGAAUCUCUUGGGUUGACAGCUCUUGGAUCCCCAUUUUGAACAGUGGUAGUGUUCUAGAUUACUUUUCAGAAAGAAGCAAUCCUUUUUAUGACAGGACAUGUAAUAAUGAAGUGGUCAAGAUGCAGAGGCUAACAUUAGAACACUUGAAUCAGAUGGUUGGAGUUGAAUACAUCCUUUUACAUGCUCAAGAGCCCAUUCUUUUCAUCAUUCGGAAGCAACAGCGGCAGUCCCCUGCUCAAGUUAUCCCACUGGCUGAUUACUAUAUCAUUGCUGGAGUCAUCUAUCAGGCACCAGACUUGGGAUCAGUUAUAAACUCCAGAGUGCUUACCGCAGUACAUGGUAUUCAGUCAGCUUUUGAUGAAGCUAUGUCAUACUGUCGCUAUCAUCCUUCCAAAGGGUAUUGGUGGCACUUCAAAGAUCAUGAAGAGCAAGAUAAAGUCAAACCUAAAGCCAAAAGGAAAGAAGAACCAAGCUCUAUUUUUCAGAGACAGCGUGUGGAUGCGUUACUUGUUGACCUCAGACAAAAGUUCCCACCCAGAUUUGUUCAGCAAAAGUCUGGAGAAAAGCCUGUCCCAGUGGAUCAGACAAAGAAAGAGGCAGAGCCUCUACCAGAAACUGUGAAAUCCGAGGAGAAGGAGAGCACGAAGAAUGCCCAGCAGACUGUGAGCACUAAAGGUCCCCCUGAGAAACGAAUGAGACUUCAGUGAGUAGUGGACACGAAAGAAGCUGGCAAGCUCCUUGUCAGUCACUAUACCUCAGCACCGUGGGAGGCUCUCGCGUCUUACAACACUAUCGCAGCCCUCUCGUGUGUGGAGCACUUGUUCUAUCCAAAAGGACCUUCUCCCUCCCAGGAUUUCUAUGUGAAUAUUUCUUACGUAUCUUUCGUAACCUUUCCUCUAUUGGACAUGGGCAAUGCACCUAACUCACAGAUAUACCAAUAUAUAUCCUUAAAAACAAUAAAGUUAUUUGUAUAUAUUCCUCA